AUGCUCUCACCCGGCACGUCCUACGUGGCACACCUAGUCUUCACCCUCAAAUCGAGCGCUCAUGGCUUCGAAAGCCACCCGGCCGAGGCUUUUGUGGGGCUGACCGGUCAAGCAAGUCAAAGGCGCUACGUGUUUUUAGAUUUUGACGGGGCCCACAGGGAGAGGCGCCAAAUCGUUCCUCGUAACCUCGGGUCGGCUUAUCGUAGGCUGCCUCAUAUGGUGAGAGAACAGAUGGUAGAGAUUGCAUCUGCCGAGACUGCUGAUACGAAGCACCCGAAAACAAGGGGUGAUGGGUGGAUGGAAGUCGAGUUGAGAGAGUAUUUUGUUGAGGGAGGAGAAGAUGCUGAUCUGGAGUUUGGCGUCAUGGAGGUGAAGCACGGUAACUGGAAAAAAGGGCUUCGUCUUUCAGGGGAUUGA